GCCGCCUUCUGAAGAGCUGUCUGCAAUGAGUUCUUUUACCAUAGGCAUUCGUUGAUGUUAUAGCCUUUUAGCCUUUUAGACUGUUAGACUAUUGAGCCUUUUAGACUAUUUGAACCCUUCCUCGUGCGCUUUGAAGUGCUUCGUGAACUAACGGUCAGGUCAACGUGAUCUAACGCUGAGAUAUGCCUACGUAGCCAUGAACUUAUACUCUAGAUACGUCCAUUUCAGCACAGGUUGAACUAGUGGUUUUCGAAUUGUGCCUCGAAUCACGCCGAAGGUUGACGCUGCGGUGUCUUGCCGCUGAGCACCGAAGAUGGACAUCGUAUUGAGACAGCAGAUGUGUCUUAAAGAAUGCUACGAUUAUUUACUUCGGAAGCCGGAAGCCCAAGACAGCACGGAACUCAAACAAAACUUGCGAAAGCUGAACGAAUGCAACUAUAGCUUUCAAUUCAUUAGUAGUCGGGAUGCUGAUGUGAUAAUCGUACUUCUCGUCGACACGCUGAAUGUUAUACAGGAUGACGACCUCAUAUCAUAUUUCGGGCAACUUGUUUUUGAUAUUUGCGCAAAGCAAAAGGUCACGUUGGAGACUAAGACUCUGCAUAAAGUGAUGGAAUACUUCCUCAAGGCAUUGUCCUUCUGCAGCUCUUGGGUGCUGGCAAACUGCAUCAGUGCCUGUGGUGCACUCCUUUACUCAAAUGUGCCACGUCUUGAGCAGUUCUGGGAGCAGCUGCUUGGUCCAGGUUGUGCAUUUGAAACCCUGCUUUCCUCGCUUGAGCUUGACGUGAAUGCGAAGCUUGCUACACUUAAAGCUCUUAGAGCCAUGACUGUUCGGAAUCCUGGAGAACCUCACAUGCCAGAUGCUUACAUCACUCGAAUGGUGGAGAUACUUCUCGGUGUGCUCAGUGGACCAUGCUUUAAGGACAACACAGUGCAAGCACAGACUUUGGUGAUCAGCGCCUUGAGGUGCUUGCAGAACAUUUUUUCCGCAAAGUGGAAUUUACCCAGUGAGCAUCUUGGAAACCUUCUGGGCAUCCUAAAAAGCCUCUCAUUUUUUGGCUUCCCGGGGCAGAAAAACAAGCAGUACCUAAGCCUAAAUCCAAGCCCAUUGUGCACGCAUUUGCCAUCAGUCGCAACCAGCGAUGAAUCUCAGUGUCAAUCGAAGACUAUAAUGCCAAAGCGAAGGAAUCGUAAGAAGAAGGUCAAGAAAGGAAAUGGAUUUUCAAAGGAGGAUACUCCAGAGCAGUCUGAAGACGAAAAUGUGAAGACUCCCGUUCAGUUUUGGAAAAAGACAUCUAGCUCAGAGUCGGAGCUUUCCGAUUCUGAGGGAAGUCAGGUAGUGAGGCAGCGACAUCUGCAAGCAAGUGUUCGUCGUAAUGUCUACUUCACUCUCACUUAUAUUACCAAGGUUGUUGACAGCCGAGAAAUGUUUGGCUACUGGCUUCAUUUUCUUCCCGAUAUACCGGUUACCAUCGGUGCACCGCAGACUCAGACAGUUCUUUUGACCAUUUUGAAGGAUCCCAACCCACAGGUUCGAGUUGCAGCUCUAGAUUUGUUGACCGCCUUUGUGACCAAGUACAAGCCAUUCCUUGGGCUUGCAGCUUAUAGUGGCUCAAAAAGGACGGCAUUUACCACUUUGUCAGAAACUGUGGCGGCCAUCUUGGGAGAGGUGCAUCGGUGUCUUCAUCUAGCUAUUAUUGCGGAAAACAAUUCGGCGCAGAUUAUCCAGCUUCUCAAGUGCCUAGCAGCUGUAGUCACGGGAUCUCCAUAUCAUCGCUUGCAACCAGAACUGCUGAGUCGCGUCAUCAGUGAUGUGGCCAUCUUUAUGGACAACAAAGAUACCCACGUGCAGGUAGCUGCCUUUACUGUGCUGGGUGCAGUGGUGAGUGUGACUCCAUGGCCGAAGGAAGUUGCUGCGGCGUUGGAGCAGAGCAGCCCCCCUGCUCUGAGAAACAACGGCACCGAGAGCAUGAAUGGCAGUGACAAGUUUCCUAGCUCAUGUUGGCUCGUUGCGGCUUGCGCUGACAAGCUGCUGGUCGACACGGCCAAGCCUGCUCGGAUGGUCACAACAGCAGUGCGUGUCGAAGCACUCCAGGUCAUGACUAACAUGUGUCAAGGAUACUUUACACAGCUCAUGAGGUCGUCAGACUUUGUGGUGGCAGCAGUAGAAGCAUGCCUUCAGGACACCAGUUCAAUCAUCAAGAUGCACACGUUGAAACUUCUUGGCGCAUUCAGUAAGAAGCUGGCUGAGGCCAUCUCUGUGAAGCAAGAUGAAGAUAAAGCUGAUGCGCAGCGUUGCCUAGAUUUGGGGCACCAUAUUUGGUUGGACUGCCUGCUUAAUGGAACACUGCAGUCUUUUCUUCAAGAGAUUGCUGAACCGAUGCUGCAGACAGAGAGCUGCAAUUGCCUCUCCACAAUUGGGUCGGUUAUGUGGGAUUCCUUGCCCGAUGACCGCAGAGUGCUGUGCAUCACGGUGCUACUAGGCCUUGCACGAUCACCUGACAGCAAUGGCAAUGUUGUGGAGUGGACAGAAGACGCCUUUGUUCGUAAUGCUGCCAUCAGGUGCCUCAGCAUCUUCUGUAUGUACACUUCACUGCGGGAGGAUCUCUUGUUUUUGAUGGACGUUGGUGAAAUUGCUGUGGAAGCACUUGAAGAUACCAGUGUUCGAGUGAAUGCAUCGUGGGCUCUCAGCAAUGUUGCUGAAAUGCUGUCUGAAUUAAGGAAGAGCGAAUCAGAUGUUGCAUCCGAAGUACCAGACAAGUUCAUCUGUCUUCUUGGGAAUGCAGCCAUUCGUGUGCGGCCAGAUAAAAACCAGAUGCAAGCAAACAUUGUCAGGACACUUGGGUGCCUACUGCAGUUCGUUUCAGCUAAAAAUUUAGAAAAUGAGAACAUCAGAAAGCUUGUCAUCAGUUCAACGUCAUGUUUGAUCCAGAGCCUCAGUGCAGGACUGAUGAAAGUGCGCUGGAAUGCCUGCUACUCAUUGGGCUGCCUAUUGGGGAGCAGAGAUGUCGUCUCUGCGGACUACAUUGAUGUGGUUUCCGUCUUCAGUGCCCUGCUUUCGAGCCUCAACAGCUGCAGCAACUUCAAGGUGCGCAUACAAGCAGCCGCUGCUCUGGCUGUGCCGAAAGUGCGUAACACUUACGGAGACCAAAUGCAGACUGUGUGGUGCGGUACCCUCACCGCUAUAGAAGGCACAAAGCAGUCAGUGGACUAUCGAGAACUGCAGCACCAGGAACAGCUUAGGGAGCAGUUGUGUGCCACAAUAUGUCACCUCCUCUCGCUGGCAGAGCCUGCAGACUUGCCUGGCAUGGCACGAGCUGCAUUGGAACAUGAGUGCAAUAUAUCUGGUGCCUUUAAGAGGACACAAGGAAAGCUAUCACUUAUAGAACUGUUAAACAAAUCUCAUGAAAAUGUUGCAAAAGUAUACAAGGAGUCCUCCGAUAACUCAACCGCCAAGCUGCUAAAGCUGCUGGACAGCCUGCUCAAGGACAAAGAAUUUAGUGACUUGUUAUCACUGAAGGGCCUAGAUAUUUGUUAACUUUUUGUUGUUGAUAUAUUGUGCUAGGAUUGUUUACUUGUUAGAAACUAUUCAAAUUUAGUGGAUUCUUGAUGCACUUUUGCGUCCAGGAACCAAGAGCAGAUUCACUGUGUUCGCCGUGUUGGUCUGGACUCUUCAAUAUAGGCUAGCUAAAUUUAUUGCAUAAAAUCGUGUGCUACAAUUGUUCUUUAAAAGCGCGAGCGGAGCCUCCUUUUUGGGGCCAUUUUUAUCUACAUUCACGUGCUCUAUUGCACAUAUAUUGCAUUUCAUGAAUAAAACAUUUUCA